AUGACCCCAUGCCGCACCGGAUCCUCAGUCUCGCUUGACUACACCGCCACUCCCCCUACGCAAGCAAAGCGCGAGCAGCCCGCAGAGGCUGAGCCAGCCAAGAAAGCCCGCAGCCGUGCCACUGCCUGUAAAUCAGGGCCUGAGACACGAGGGCCCACCAACAUGCCACAAGAAGAGCUGUCGCCAGCGCAGCCCAAGCACCUCGACUUCGCCGCGGAAGCGCCAAAGCCAAAGCCACGUCCUCUGCUCCAACAGGAGUCACCAAGGGUUCAGGCACUGUACGCCAGUGCUGCGAAGUCCUGGGCAGCAAUCUUGGCACAGCACCCCGCCAAGACUGAGCUCUCCGAUACCAUGACGCACCACAGGGCCGGACCCUGCCCAAGCACAGCCUUGAGCUCUCCCCCACUGGCAAAGACAGCGCCGCCGGUUUCUGCGCUUAAUGUUCGCGUGACUCCGUCCAAGGCAACGCCUUGCCCAAGUCCAGCACCGAGCAAACGCGAGGUUGAGCCCUUGCCCAUCCAAGCCAGCGCCAGGCCCACAGCCAAAGCACGUCACACACUUGCGCCAAAGCCUUCCAUCACCCCAAGCAGCCACAAGCAAGAAAUCUCUCAGCAGUCAGAGGAAUCUCCUCCUGAAAGUUCCCAGUCUGAGGGUGCUUUGCCCGACCCUGCAGAGGAGGAUUUUGGCAGUGACUUCUUGACUUUGCAGGAGCUGGAUGCAGCUGAUGCAGCAGCCAGGACGCCAAUGAAGAUGGCUCUGGCCAACACCACUACGCCCGCCCGUGCAAAGGCAGCCCCCACAGCCACGCCAACCAUGCCUGCUUCCCCUUCACAAGCCACUCCUUCUGCCUCGCACUCCCCUGCCUCGGAGCCUGCCAGUACCGAGGUGCAGCCGGCUGAGGCAACACCUGCCACUCGGCCCUCCCCCAAGGUUAGCUUCCAGAGCGCAGUGGCUAAAGCAGAGAAAGCGGCUGCGCCACCUCCCAAUGCUGCCGCGCCCCGGCAGCCAAUCUUGCGGACCACCGCGCCAGCUUCUGGAGCCCUUGCCCUGAUCCCAGAUGUGCAACCGAUUGAGCCGAAGAGCAACCAAGAGCGGCAGCAGCACUAUGCGGUGUUCAAGAGGCAAGUGUCUGGUGAGACGGUGAGCGUGACCGUGCAAGAAGACCUGCGGCUCGCUUGGGCAGAGGCUGUCCGGACCAACAGUCGGAGCGCUAAGACCGCCCUCUUCAACUUGUGGUGCAGGGGCGGCGGAAACUUUGGAUCGCCCCUUGGUACAAAGCUUUUGGAAUAG